AUGGCUUUCCAAACGCAUGGGCAGCCCAUGUACCAGUCGCAGUACCCCUACGAGUCAACCUCCGCUGCGCGCGGCUACAACGGCUACGCCUACCCGCCUCAAGCCUCUCACGCUGGUAGUCCGUACGGCAUGCAGAGCAACGGCAACAACGGGUUUGUGUCCGCCCCGGCCUACGACCGGCUGGGCAGCCAGGAUUCUCUGUCGCAGACCGGCGGCGAUUAUGCACAGCUCUUCAAGUUCAUCAUUAUCGGCGACGAGGCGGUGGGGAAGACCUGCCUCUUGCUGCAGUUCACCGACAAGAGGUAUCGCACCACACACCAGGUUACCGUCGGGGUAGAGUUUGGCUCGCGAACGGUCGAUGUGCAGGGGCAGAAGAUCAAGCUGCAGUGUUGGGACACGGCCGGCCAGGAUCGCUUCCGCUCCAUCAUCCGAAGCUACUACCGUGGGGCUGCUGCUGCGCUUCUGGUCUACGACAUCACGCGGCGAGACAGCUUCGAGCACGUGCGGGAAUGGCUCCAUGAGGCCCGCGAGAACGCGGAUCCGGAGCUCAUCAUUACGUUGAUCGGCAACAAGUCCGACCAGGACAAGAAGCGUCAGGUGACCUAUGAGGAAGGCUACCGAUUUGCAACCAGCUACGGCCUAGACUUUCUGGAGACCUCCGCAGUCACAGGCCGGCACGUGGACGAUGCAUUCCUUGUCACAACCCAGAAAGCCUUGGCAAAGAAAUUCCAGGAGGACAGAUACCGGGGGAAUCCGAUGGCGACAAGUGCGCAGGACAACUACGUGCAGAACGACUACAUCUGGGGUGGCGUCCAGUCGCAAAGACCUUCGCAAAGCUACAGCGGCCAUGCGCAGACGCUGCGACUGACCCCGAAUGGUCCCGUCAACGUCAUGCAGCACGGUGCGGCUGGGGGACACCGGGGUGGCUCAGCGCCGAUACAGGCCGACUCGUGUUGCUGA